GCUUCAGCGUAAAGUCGGAUAAUCCACGUACAGCUCCAGCCUGCCAUACUGUUUACCUUCAGCAUCAUCCGCCACCAGCAGCAGCAACAGCAGCAGCCCGUCCUCCUCCUCCUGCUCCUCCUCAGCCCGUCCUCCGCUCCGCUCCGGGCUCAGUCUGCAGCAUGGCCGCGCAGAAGAUCAACGAGGCGCACGAGCACAUCGCUAAAGCGGAGAAAUGCCUGAAGACUAGCAUGACGAAGUGGAAGCCGGACUAUGAUGGAGCAGCAUCUGAAAUGGCGAAAGCUGCUGUAGCUUUCAAAAAUGCAAAGCAGUUUGAUCAAGCGAAAGAUGCCUAUCUGAAGGAGGCUGAAUAUCACACUGACAACAAAGCACUGUUCCACGCUGCAAAGGCAAUUGAACAGGCCGGUAUGAUGUUGAAGGAUAUGAAACGAUUGCCAGAGGCUGUGGAGCUGAUUGAGAAAGCCAGUGUGAUGUAUGUGGAGAAUGGAACAUCUGGAACUGCAGGCAUGGCUCUGGACAGGGCUGGCAAACUUAUUGAGCCAAUGGAUUUAGAGAAAGCAGUAGACUUGUAUCAGAAAGCUGCAUCUGUUUUUGAGAAUGAGGACCGUCUGAGACAGGCUGCAGAACUGCUGGGAAAAUCCUCCAGACUGCUGGUGCGACUACGCAGGCUGGACGAUGCAGCUGUCUCUCUCCAGAAAGAAAAAAACAUGUAUAAGGAAAUUGAGAAUUAUCCCACUUGCUUUAAGAAAACUAUAGCUCAAGUAUUGGUCCAUCUCCACCGAGGGGACUUUGUAGCGGCCGAUAAAUGUGUGAGAGAAAGUUACAGUCUCCCAGGCUUCAGUGGCAGUGAGGACUGUGUUGCAAUGGAGACAUUAUUGGCGGGUUAUGACGAGCAGGAUGAGGACCAGGUGGCUCGUGUGUGUAACUUGCCUCUUCUCAAGUACAUGGACAAUGACUAUGCAAAGCUGGCCAUUUCUCUGAAGGUUCCAGGGGGAGGUGGCAAGAAAAAGAAAACUCCAGCUGCUCCACAGGGGGGUGCUGGAGGAGCACCAAAAGUAGAGGAGGAGGAUGAUUAUGAAGGAGGCCUGUGUUAGCCUAGGAAAGAUUUUAGCCCUUCUGUGUGAGUGUGUGUGUAAGAGAGACAAAGAGAGUGUUUAAGUGUAUAAGUAUGAGUGAAACUGUACAUGCGUAGACAUACGUGUGUAUUUGUUAAUGUAUUUGGUGACUUCAUGUGACUUCCCCUAUUGUGUACACUGGAUUCUGUUCAGGUCCUGACAAAGUCCUUUAGGCUACAUUUACAUUACAAGGAUCAUUAAAUAAUCUUAAAAGCAUUAUAAAUGGGGAACUGAUCACUGUUUAAAAUAUGAAUAGUAGUUCUCAUAAUGCUUAAAGUGGCGUCUGUUAAUGAAUAAAGUCCCACACUUUAACAAAAUAAGCCGUAUUAAAUUGGUUUGCAGAUCCUACCGCAGGGCAAGGAGGGUUAACGUGCUAGCAGGAACCCCACUCUCUGACGUGGUGGUCCGUGCACAGCUGCCAGAACUAGCUGAAAAAUCAUGUUUUUGUGUUUACAGCAUUGAGCCCAUAGGUACAAAUAAAAAGAUCAGAAAGUGACAUAAACCUGAAUAUGUGAUCUGUGUCACAUUAAGGCUAAAAUAUUUUUUGAGUCUCUUCAGAGUGGUGAUGUGAAUGUAGCCUUUCUGUCUAGGCCUCCCAGACCUUUGGAGUCCAAUCAGAACAAACACAGUGUGACUUCAGUGUGAAUCAUGUAAAUUUACCAUUAAAGAUAUUUAAGAAGCUGUUCUGUAGAAAAAAGCUAAAGCUUUUUAAGUUUUAGAUAUAAAUGUUAAAUGUCAAUUUAUUUACAAUAUUUAUUUCUAAGUCUUUUAAAGUGUUUUUUCAUUUAAUAUGACAACAAAUUGUAUUGUUGUGUACAGUAUCAGUUUUAUCAUGUACUGCUGUUUUAUUUAUCAGUCUGUAAAUUAGUGAAGGCGUCUUGUACCCAAAUGUUUAUGUAGUAUAUGCAAUCGUAUUUAAAUGACCACCCUGUACAUAAUUCUUUAUGUAGUACAAAGUUAUUCAAUUUUUAUCGCUGUAGCUGAAAGAGUUUAUUUGGUCAAAAAUGCUAAUGUGACUAAAAGUGAAGAGCAAUGACCAGUUAGCAUGAUCAUGCUGAGUGAUGCAUUUAGUCUCCAGCUAAUCUUAAUUCACAGUUAGUUAUACUGUCAUUUUUGGCCAAGAGCAAAGUACAGUGCAAACCUCAAGGAAUGGAACUGAGCAGAUACAUUGUUUGCUGCGCUGUGUUAGAUGUUUGCGGCAACUAAGCCAUUUAAAAAAAGCUGUGGGAGGACUGCCAUUAUGUUUUUGCUAUAAAUGUCACUACAAGGUCAAAGGCAAUUGUAUUGUUGCGUACAUCAGUGUACUAGCACACAAAUCAAUUACAGUCAGUAAAUUGAUUGAUUAUUCCUUUUUUGCCAUUCUCUUUUUGAAUACACUGCAUUGUUUUCUCUCUACCACUUUUAUUUUUAUUGGUAAAUUAUGAGUACAUUGGAUAAAAUGACUGAUUUGCUUGAUUAAUUUUCAGAUCAUCAUGAAUAUUGCCAAGAGUAAGUAAACUAAAAGAAAAAGACUUGUAUACUGCAAGCUGUGAUGAAGUCCACUCACGGCAUUACAUUGUUUUCUGUGAGUAAUUUCCUGACAUUGUAACACAAUUUUAGUUCCACCUAUUCUAUCUUAUUGUACUCUGUAUGGCAAAAAACAACUAGCAGUCAUAGUUUAGGUAUUGGCAACAUUGUCCAGACCAGGUCCUAACCAGACAGUUCUAAGGGCAGCACUGCAGAUGUGUCCAUGAGAACACAAGGAUAUCUGUUUAUAGCAACAUGUUCAAGUGGCAGUGGCAUCUAAGCAACAUUUAGAAGUGAAAUUAACUGUAUUUAAUUUGUAUUUAAUACAGACUAUUGCUGUAUUUUUGCAAUCUGAUCUACUGGAGAAAUACUCACUUUCCCCAAAAAAGUGACUAAAGGCAUACUAGACCAUAAGUUUGUUAGAUCAAAUAUGUCUGUCCUUAUGCAUUCCUCUAAUGAUGAUUAUUAAUGUAUGCACAGCAAUAAAGGUCUCUGCUGGUGCACAGCUCA